AAUUAUUAGUACACACCGCCAACAGACACACCUCCAAACUGGCAGCCCUGACCUUUCAAUGUUAACCUCUUGAACUCUCUCCUCAAGGCAACCCAGCCAGCAUGUAGAUUCUGGAUUGUAUGUUACGACACUGCGAGGACGCCGAGGACGCGCAUUCUGCAAAAAGUAGGAACUUUCAUAACAGUAACAGUCGCCUUAUUUGUCGUCUGCCUUGUUCUGUUGACAGAUCAAGAAUCUACACGGGACUCUCUACAGAUUCACUCCGAAAGAUGGUUCAAGAACAGACAAAACAUGUUGCUAUUUGUGGUGGGGGACUGGUUGGUGCCUUGAAUGCUUGCUAUAUGGCUCAGCGCGGGUACAGAGUGGACGUUUAUGAGAUGAGGCAAGACAUCCGCACCCAGGAGAUAGUGCGGGGGAGAAGCAUCAACCUGGCCCUGUCCUGUCGCGGCAGGGAGGCCUUGAAGGGGGUGGGGCUCGAAGAGACAAUUGUGAAAAACGGAAUUCCCAUGCAUGCCAGGAUGAUCCAUGACCGAGAUGGGAAAAGACGACCGAUUCUCUACGGGACCCGCGAUCAGAGGCGGAGAAAUAUGAAAACGUCAAACUCCAUUUUAACCACAAGCUUCUCACCUGCAACUUUGACACAGGAGAAAUGCUCUUCCAAAAUGAGAAAGGUGACCAGGUGAAGGCCUCGGUGGACCUGGUGGUGGGUACAGACGGAGCCUUCUCGGCCGUCAGGAAGCAGAUGAUGAAGCUGAGCCGCUUCGACUACCAGCAGACGUACAUACCCCACGGGUACAUGGAGCUGAACAUACCGCCCAGCGCCGACAAUGAGUUUGCCAUGGAGGCCAACUACCUCCACAUCUGGCCACGGAACGAGUUCAUGAUGAUAGCCCUGCCCAACCUGGACAGAUCCUUCACCACCACUCUCUUCAUGCCCUUCGACAUCUUCAGCUCCAUCACCGACGAGCGACAGCUCAUGGACUUCUUCACCGACAAGUUCCCAGACUCCAUUCCACUUCUGGGCCAAGAGGCUCUGAAAAAAUCGUUCCUGUCAAGCAAGCCCUUGCCCAUGGUCACUGUGAAGAUGCGCUCCUCCGUGAACUCCAAGCUGUUCCUGAUCCGUAAAAAACUGGACAAUUUGUUGUACAAGCUCUUCCCUAAGACCUGGGUCCCACUGUAUACCAUGGUCUCCUUCACAAGAAUCAGAUACCACGAGUGUAUCUCUCGUCGGGAGUGGCAAGAUAAG